UAACCACAGAACUUUAUUCUGGGCCGUUCAACACAAAUAGGUCACAAAUAGAGCUAGCUAGCUGACUAGACUGAGCAUGCAAACUUGCCAGUGUUGGAGAUGGAGAUAUCUUUAACUGUGGAAGAGAAGUUGGACAAGCAGAGAUGGUACAUUGGUGAGGUGACCCAGGAGGUUGCAGAGUCCCUACUCUCCUCCAAUAAACAGCCUCACUCCUUCGUGGUCUUCACUCAACCAGACACUCGGCAGUACAUUCUCAGUGCAAGGUUUCCACUGGAGGGACUGGAGGAUGGAGUUAUUGAACAUCUGGUCAUUCUCUGUGAGGAGGGAAGGUGGUGCAUCACUGGACAGACGGACGAGUAUGAUGAUGUCAUCGAGGCUGUGAACUGUUACGUGUUGACCUUUGACCCUCCACUGAUGCCGGCUCUCCAGGGAAAGAGUUUCGAGACUCAGUUCAGUGUCACUAGUGCACCCCCCGAAUAUGACAAAGCCAACAGAGUACUAAAGCCCGACAUAGCUCCCCUACCAGACAUCACCAAAAUCAAAGUAGCCGACGAGAAAACAGUGGAAGCUCAGAGUGGGCGUAUCUCCCCCAGCAGUGACGAUGACAGUGGUCCUAGCAAUAGGAGGAGGAGGAGGAGACCUCCCUCAUUUUUGAACAGGAGCAUAUGGCUUCGGUACAGCGAGCACCAUCGCUGUCAUCCUAAGAACGUUUGCUCAGGUUGCUGCUAUAGACCAAGCGAGUGGAGUGUGAACAGAGUUACGCACCACUCCUACAAAUGGUACGAUCCGCGUGGCUCGGGGCCCCUCAGGGCAUUGGGUUUGAUACUGUUAUGGCUUUUAUGUUGGCCUUGUUUUGCUUGUGCUGGUUGCUGGUUUCUUUUAGUAGAUUUUUGCUGUACUGUGUGCUGUGAUGGCUAGCUAUGACAGCUUUUAAACUUUGUUUCCAUGUACUUGUUUGUGUGUUCAAUUGUGCACUUAAGUAAAUUGCUGCUUCAUCAAUUGUCUUAUUGAAUUGUCAAGCAGUGAUCAUGAACAAUAGAUCAGCAACUUCUAAAGCUAGAGAAAUAUUGCUAGCUGCUAGUAAAACUGUAAUGUUAUGCUCAAGAUCAAUAUUUUUAGCUCAUAAAUAUUUACUAUGGAAUGAACACAAACAAUUAUUAUCAUUAUUUGUAAUUAUUUUGUGUACAUGUAAUUAUAUAUCAAGUUAUAGUAUAUCUUUUAUUUAUUAUUAUUUUUUAUUACUUAAUUUUUGUUUAGACCUUGCCAUGUCUUGUAACAUACAUUGCAAAACCAUUUUGUUAUGGUUUUG